CAGUCGGCCCCCUUGGCCCCGCCUCUACGACGCGUUGUGAGCACAACCAGGCCCGUCUCCAGGUGAUGUUGCAGAAAAGAUGGACUCCAGUCAGAAAGUAGGUUAGAUAUGGCUGGUAGUCUGUCGUUAACCGUUGUGCAGUGUUUAGGAGGUUUGGAGCGGUUUUUUGUUUUUCUGCUGGAAACCAGGAACCAAGGACCUCUAGAAUGAAGCUGCCCAUGGCCACGAGAAUUUGAACAGCAUUUAGGAAUAAAUAAUUCAUUCAGUCAUGGCUGGACUGAUCAAGAAACAGAUCCUCAAACAUCUAUCCAGGUUUGCCAAGAACCUCUCCCCGGACAAGAUCAAUCUGAGCACGCUCAAGGGGGAGGGUCAGCUGACCAACCUGGAGCUAGAUGAGGAGGUGCUGCAGAACAUGCUGGACCUGCCCACCUGGUUGGCCAUUAACAAGGUCGGCUGCAACAAAGCAUCCAUUCGGAUUCCGUGGACCAAGCUGAAGACACACCCCAUCUCCUUGUCGCUCGACAAGGUGGUGAUGGAGAUGAGCACCUGCGACGAGCCCCGCCCACCCAACGGCCCGUCUCCCAUAGCGACGGCCUCGGGUCAAAGCGAGUACGGCUUCGCGGAGAAGGUGGUGGAGGGCAUCUCCCUGUCCAUCAACUCCAUCGUGAUCCGCAUCAGUGCCAAGGCCUUCAACGCCUCCUUCGAGCUCUCGCAGCUGCAGGUGUACAGCGUCAACACCAGCUGGACCACCAGCGAUCUCCGCUUCACCCGAAUCCUGGACCCUCAGCGCGGGGAGAUCCUCACCUUUAAGGAGAUCAGCUGGCAGAUGAUCCGCAUCGAGGCCGACGCCAUCCAGAGCGGAGAGCACGAGGUCCUGAGCGCGCCCAUCCGCCUCAUCACCAACCAGUCCAGGAUCCGCAUCACCCUGAAGAGACGGAUGAAGGACUGUAACGUGGUGGCCUCUAAGCUGGUUCUGAUCCUGGAUGACCUGCUCUGGGUUCUGACGGACUCCCAGCUGAAGGCCAUGGUCCAGUACGCCAAGUCCCUGAGUGAGGCCAUGGAGAGGUCUGCCCAGCAGAGGAAGAGCACCGCCUCUGAGACCUCUGAGGGGGCAGUGGCGCCCCCCUCCUCUCAGCAGGUUCGCGCGCAGCAGACGUCCGUGGCGGCCGAUCAGAACGCCACCAUCGCCAAGCUGUUCACCGCCUACGACGUGCGCGAGACCUCGCACCACCUGCAGAUCGCCCACCUGGACCUGCACAUCUGCGAUGACAUCCACGCCAAAGACCGAGUAAUAAACAAGAGGAUCACAGGAGGAGCCAUGCAGCUCUCCUUUAGCUUUAUAACCAUGGACUACUACCCCUUUCACAGAGCAGACUCAGACCGUGACUCGGGUGAGGCCGUGAGCUCACCUGGAGAGGAGGCGCAGAGGGAGGAGCAGGCGGCGGCGGAAGGUGAGAGCUGCCUGCACUGGAUGCACUACAGUGAGGCCACUAAGUCGAGGGAGAGCUGGGCCCGCAGCCUGCUGGACGAGUUCAAGUCCAACGUGGAGAUGCUGAAGAGCGCAGUGAGAGACCAUCAGUCUGGCGGCUCGCCCCCCCAGAGCUCCCCUCAGCACGCCUCUGCAUGUCGUCCCGUAGGGCAGCAGGGUGGAGUAGUGGUUAGGGAACCGGACGGUGGACCUGAGGGUUGUGGGGCCCGGUCGCGGGUUGGGCACUGCUGUUGUUCCCUUGAGCCAGGAAAGAUCUCCACCACCUCCACCAGCACCUUCUCCACCGCCGCCCCGCCCCCCAAGACCCAGCUCAUGUCCAGUUCCAUCGUGCUCAGGAUGGCCGACUUCAGCAUCUACCAGGUCUCCACGGCAGAGCAGCGCCGCUCUAGUCCCAAGGCCAUGAUCUCCUGCAAUAAGAAGUCCCUGUACCUGCCCCAGGAGAUGCCUGCCAUCCACGUGGAGUUCACCGAGUACUACUUCCCCGAUGGCAAGGACUACCCCAUACCCUGUCCCAACCUGUACGUGCAGCUGAACGCCUUGCAGCUGGUGAUGGACCCGCGCAGCCUGAUCUGGCUCAACCAGUUUGUGCUGGACCUGCGGCAGAGCCUGGAGCAGUUCAUGGAGCUCUACAAGCUGGACGACUCCCAGAAGCCCGACGAUCACGUGGACAUCAAGGUGGACGGGCUCAUGCUCAAGCUGGUGGUGCCCACGGACAAGGAGCUGGCGGGCCCCCCAGACGGGCCGCGCUCCGUGUCCAUCCAGACGUCGGAGAUGGUGGCCACCAACACGCGCCACCCUGCGGGCUGCACGCGCUCCAGCCUGGAGGCGCUGCUGCAGGACUUCCAGGAGGAGGCGCUGUUCGCCCGCCGCGACGGCCCCGACGCCUUCCCCGUCCUGCACCCGGUCUUCCAGCGCCACGCCCACGAGCAGGACACCCGCCUCCACGACAUCUACCGGGGGCUGGUCCCGGCGGCGCUGGCGGGCGACGCCCUGAAGCCCCCCGCGGCGGCCGACCUGUGGGCGCUGCACUUCUCCCAGUUCUGGGUGGACUACGAGGGCACCCGCAGCGGGCGGGGCCGGCCCGUGCCCUGCGUCGACUCCUUCCCCCUGUCGGUGUGGACGUGCCAGCCCGCGCGCCACGCCCGGCACCAGGAGCGCCUGCGGGCGGGCGCGGCCGGGCGGGGCGCCGCGGCCGGGGCGGGGGGCGUCCCGCGCAGCGAGUCGGCCGAGGCGGUGGGCCGGCUGCAGAGGAAGAGGCUGCUGAAGGAGUACUACAGCAGCGCCCCCCCCGCGGGGCCCAACGGCAUCCGCAAGCCCUGCUCGCUGGACGGCCUGACCCCACCCCCCGCGGGCCCCGCCGCGCCCCCGGCCCCCCGCGAGGCGGACGUGCAGGUGCUGGUGCACGUGCAGAAGCACCUGAGCGUGCAGGUGAGCCACCAGCAGUACGUGUUCCUGCUGCGGCUGCAGCAGUCCAUCCGGAGGCUGCAGCAGACCCUGCAGGAGGACACCGAGCAGGUGGGGGCGCGGAGGCAGGACCGCGAGCGCGACGGCGACAGCGCCCGGCCGUUCGGCGUCUGCGUGGGCGUCCUGCUGAAGAGCGCCGAGGUGGCCCUGCUGCUCCGCCCCGUCCCGCAGGGCGACGCCAGCCCCCUGGGCUCGGACCUGUCCCCCUCGGAGAGCGCCGGCACGCUGGGCGCCGGGGGCGACGGGGCGGGGCCAGCGGGGCCCCCCGGCUCCGCGGACGAGCUGCUGUGCGGGGGCGGGGUCGAGGGUCCCGCCCCACUCCGCCCCUCCCCCUCCGUCCCAGACGGGCUCCGCGAGGCCUCUUCGGAGAAGUCGGACGGGGAGGAGAGCCAGGGGGCGGGGCCUGGCAGGAGGUCGUCCUCGGAGGAGAAACGGGACUUUGGGGAGGGGGCGCUGGACUCCCUGAUCGGUGAGGAGCAGGGGGGCUCAUCGGACUGUAGAGCCCAGCAGAAAGAGCUUCCCCAGGGGAGGGCGGCAGUGGACCCCCCCAUUGACCCUCUUACCAAAGACUUGAGCGACAGCAAAGACAAGCCCUCUGCAGCAAAGAUGCCCCAGUCCAUGUCCAGUGGACGCCUCCUGAGGGACAGGUCUCAGUCCAGCUUCUCGGUGUCCUAUAAGAACCUGAAGAAGAGCCCGUCCCUCCACUCCCUCGACAACAUCUCCAUCGACAGCUGCCUGCUGGAGGACUGCGAUACCUACAGCCUCCUGGAGAGAGAUGGCGCUGGGGACGACCUUUCCAUGUCCGGAUUCAAGGACGUGCAGAGUGACCAAAGUGGGGCGGAGAGCGCCAACGAGGCUUUGGGGCCCAACGCCGACGGAGGCGCGUCGCCUGACACCGUGAGCGCCACCUCCCAGAGCAUCGACGAGCCCACCAAGGACCUGGUGUCGGUGCUGGUUCUGAAGGUCCACUCCGUGUGUGGAGCGCUGGAGGUCCAGGGAGACAGCACCGCCGUGUCGCUGGAGGUCGGUCAGGUGGUGCCUACCCAGCUGGGAAACGUCAGCGUUCGGCAGUACCUCAGCAACCGCAGCCUGGGCGCCGCCCCCGGCGUGAGCGCGGUGGACAGGAAGUCGCGUCCGGAGGUGCAGGUGCGGCUGGAGAGCGGGCCCCGGGCGGCGGCUCGCUCCCCGCUGGCGGCGCACAGCGGCUUCCUGCAGUGCCAGCUGCAGGGCUUCCGCUCCGACUUCCUCAUGUCCUCCCUGCGCAACCUGGGCCACUUCCUGCAGGACGACUCCGCCUCCCACAUCCUGCCCAUGAAGAUCGACGUCAGCGACAUGCACGUCAGCCUGAAGGACGAUGCUCCCCGUGACAACCCUUCGGAUCCGGAGCCGACGCCCAUCACCCUGCACAUCGAUAACUUGGUAAUCUACCGACAGGAUGAUGGGUCCUUCUCUAUAGGAGUGGCCCAAACUCCUGCAGCGGUGCCUGACAAUCAGGUGGAGAAGGACAAGGCGAACUUGGCUCCUGACGUCCCCAGGGUGGCUCCGGACGCCCCCCGAGGGGUGAGCGGCGUGUCGCAGACGACGCAGACCACCCCACAGCCGCUUACCAGCCACGCCCCAUCCCCCAAAGAGAAGCUGCUCGUGGAGGAGAACGAGUGUCUGAAACUGGAGCUCUCCAGAGCCAAGAUGGCGCUGGCGGAGGCCCAGAUGGAGAAGGACUCGCUGGUGCACCGAAUGAAGAGCCUGAAACUGACCCCCGGGGGCAGCAACUGAACGCCAGGAGGCUGUAACCUGAGCACCGAGGGCGGCUAAAAGUGAUGAGCCAGGCCGGUCUCCUCAUCUGGACGCCGCAGUCCAGGGAGACCAGGAGCCCUGGAGCAAACUGAGAAACUGAGAAUCUGCUGCAGUCUUGCCCUGGUGCAGCUCUUAUUCUUUUACAACAUGGGCUCUCUGAAACAGGACCUGUCUACAGCGGCAGUGACAUGUUUCAUUGAGUCAUACAUUCACUUAUUCAUGCAUACAUACAUACAUACACAUACACACGCACAACCACGCACCCUUUUUCAGUUUGAAUACAUCUGUGUGCUGCUGCUGCCUAGUGGUGUGGAAGGUGCAGGAUUUGCACCCGGGACCCUUGGGGAGGGAAGGAGGGAGGGCGGGGUCCAGCGGGAGGGUUUUGGGGGGGGGGGGUUGGGGGGUGGACAGUGAAUGUCUUAAUUUCUUACGGCAGACUAUUUGCACUGUACUAUACAUCAUGUAUUUAAUACAUUUUUUUAAAAAUUAUUUAGCUCUUAACAAAUUGUGCAUCACGUGUGAGCGAAUGUGUAUGCGCACUGCUCGUGUGCGGGAAUGUUCUGGAAUGUGUUGGAGUUCUGGAAUUUGGAGUGCUAGGUUUUAGGCAGUGUAUUUGAGUUUAUGUUGAAUCCCAUGUACUUAUAACAAAUCAUAACUUUCAGUCUAAUUCUACCAUAUUUAAUUCAUUUGCUUAAGAUAAAACACAGGAUGGGAUUCAUUUCAUUGUACAAUAGACCCGGACUUCAGUUUAGUUACCUGUGUUCAUUUGUACGUGAAGAUUUCCCACAAUUCCGUCACCCUGCGCUGUCUGUUAUUUUUCUAAGUGUACAUAGACAUAGAUUUUUCAGUGCAGCACAUUUUUACCUGAGCUGCUGUAAAUACAACCACAAAAAAAAUCCCUCCACUUAGGGGAGGGAAUACUGCAGUGUGCUAUAAGUCCUCCAAUGAGGAGAGAGAUCACUGGCAUCUGCUUCCAGUGCUUCAAUGAAGGGAGAGAACUCUAGCGUCUCCACAUUUAUAUAUUUUUGGAACUACAUACAUUCAAAAUAAUUUUUCACAGAGUGAAGUGGUGCGCAUGUGUCCUGCCACUCCAUGCUUUGUGUCUAUAUGUGGGACAUAGUUUAUAAUGUACACACUUCGCCUAUGGAAAUGCACACAGGAAGUCCUUUUUUUAAACAAUGGUAAAUCAGUGAAGUAGUUGUUUUGGUUACGGAUCUUAAUUUCGAAAGUCUCAAACGCUAACACAAACCGGCUUUAUGAUCACUGUUCCCUGUGACUGAAGAAUGUAACUUCUGCCAUUCUGAUGCUCCCGGGCGGGCACAUAAUUUGACAGGGCACUACACAUAUCCCUGGUAUGACCAGACAGCGUGCUCAGUUGAUCUCCCUGUCAUAGAAGGAGCCUGUUCCGUAGAUCACUCUAGUGUAGUAUAGGUACUGCUUACAGGAACUCCCCAUUAGAAGAGGAGACAAUUCAGCAGAUCACUCGAGAUUAGCAGGACACCAUUGAGUACAUCGCCCUGGCACAACAGACUAUUUUCAGCACAUUAGUCUAGCAGGAGGCUGUUCAGUGGAUCACCCUAGUUUAACAUUCAACUUUGUGUCCAGUAGAUCAGACCGGUGUAACAGGACACUGUUCAGUGGAUCAGUCUGGCAUAGCAGGACUGUUCAGUAGAAGAUCACUAGGGUGCAGCACGACGCUAGGCUAAAUAGAGGCUCACCCCUGGUACCGCAGAACACCGUGCUCAGCUGAAACUGUUCAGUUAUGCAGUAUUAUCUACUCAGUCUGUGAAUUUAUGAAGAGAAGUUCCACAUCUCAACUGGUGCUUACUUGUGUACGUACACUAACUUCAAACUGGCGACGGAGGAUCUGUUUCUGAUCUUAUCCCUUAGCACAUCAUGGCUCGUGAGCUGCUCGAUGUGACACAAACGCGCACGUCCAGCGCUCGACCUGAGCAAGCCAUCUCCAGGUGUGACUGAUUGUUUGGCCUGCCUGGCUGGCAGACGUCUGCCUGAAAGCUGUGAAACUGAUGCAUAGCCCAGCUGUGUGUCGGUUUGGUAUACAUGCGUGGGAGUCGGUGAUUAAUAUCUGUGGAUGCGCCUGGGCGUGACAGCUGUUCGCGGGCUUCUACAGCACUGAACUGAGGGGGUCUGUGAUUGAUGGCCUUUUUAAUCUAUGGGGUUCAGCCUGAAUUGAUAGCUUGGUGCUGUUGAUAGUUCAGGGUUUCACACCACAAAGCCAGUUUACACUGUGUCCACAAAGGUGACCCCUUUUCCCAGUUUUUUUUUUUCUCUUUAGUUUUCUCUCAAAUAUUGAAGGUUACCCUGGUUCCAUUUGGAGCCCUCCCCAAAGCCCAAGUGCCUCUGUAUUGCCCCAGUAGGGGGGCGUGAGCCAAUGUCUCCAUUUCCCCUUUAAGUCCAACUGAAUGUCCAGCUCAGAUCUACCAAACCUGACUGGAAAUAGUAGGGAAGGGAAAAAAAACACUUGAUUGUACAAAGACACCUGGGUAAUUUGCCCUGUCCCCUGAUUGAUUGUCUACCCUGAAAUCUGACCCCUCCAUUGGUUCUCUGGAUCACUCACCUGUAAUUUCCCCCUUCUGUUGGUCAUUACCUGUAAGCCCCGCCUCAUUUUGUCUGAGUUCCACAUCCCACUCCCUGAGCUCCUCCCCCUUUUCAUCAAGUUGUUUUGUCUUCUCUGAACCGUUGGGUGUUAAUCCUGUAAUAUGAUGUAAUAUUUCUGUUAAAGCUGCUGAAAAAUACUGUACAAUAAAAGGGUAUUGAAUAAUA